AUGGCUACCACCGAGUCCCUCCUCCAAGGCGUGAACGUCGCUGGCUCGAUCACAGACUUCAACAGGAAGAUCCUCACAAAAGAUGCCCUUGCCUUCCUCGCCCUCCUUCACCGUUCCUUCAAUGGCACCCGGAAAGAGCUACUCCAGCGCCGUGUAAUCAGACAGGCAGAGCUCGACAAGGGCUCUCUGCCUGACUUCCUCCCCGAAACCAAGCAUAUUCGGGAGAACGAUGCUUGGAAGGGAGCCCGUCCUGCUCCGGGCUUGAUUGACCGUAGAGUAGAGAUCACCGGGCCUACAGACCGAAAGAUGGUGGUGAAUGCUCUGAACUCGAAUGUCUGGACAUAUAUGGCAGAUCUCGAAGAUUCGAGUGCCCCUACUUGGGACAACAUGAUCAACGGGCAGGUCAACCUCUACGAUGCUAUUCGCAAGCAGGUCGAUUUCAAGCAGGGAGAGAAAGAAUACAAGCUUCGAACCGAUCGCACACUCCCAACGUUGAUUGUUCGACCUCGAGGCUGGCACUUGGAGGAAAAGCACUUGACUAUUGACGGGGAACCAAUGUCUGGCAGUCUGUUCGAUUUCGGCCUAUACUUCUACCACAACGCGAAGGAGCUCAUCCAGCGGGGAACAGGCCCAUACUUCUACCUGCCGAAGAUGGAGUCUCACCUUGAGGCUCGUCUCUGGAACGAUGUUUUCAACCUCUCGCAAGAUAUCGUUGCUAUCCCUCGCGGAACAAUCCGAGGAACUGUCUUGAUUGAGACUAUCCUCGCAGCAUUCGAGAUGGACGAAAUCAUCUACGAGCUCCGGGAUCACAGCGCAGGACUGAACUGCGGAAGAUGGGACUACAUUUUCAGCGUGAUCAAGAAGUUCCGUCAAAACUCCAACUUCGUCCUCCCAGACCGAUCAGCCAUCACCAUGACCGUGCCUUUCAUGGAUGCCUAUGUCAAGCUCCUCAUUCAAACCUGCCAUAAACGCCAGGUCCACGCCAUGGGAGGCAUGGCCGCUCAGAUCCCCAUCAAGGACGACAAGGCGGCCAACGACAAGGCCAUGGAGGGCGUCUACGCCGACAAGCUGCGUGAGGCCAAGGCCGGCCACGACGGGACCUGGGUUGCGCACCCGGCGCUCGCAUCCAUCGCGUCCGAGGUCUUCAAUAAGCACAUGCCGACACCCAACCAGAUGUUCGUGCGCCGCGAAGACGUGAAGAUCGGCCAGAACGACCUCCUGAACAUGAACGUCCCAGGCAGCAUUACCGAAGACGGCAUCCGCAAGAACCUGAAUAUCGGGCUCGGGUACAUGGAGGGCUGGCUCCGAGGUGUCGGCUGUGUGCCCAUCAACUAUCUUAUGGAGGAUGCCGCGACCGCUGAAGUCAGCCGGAGUCAGCUCUGGCAGUGGGUUCGACAUGGCGUUCCUACAGCUGACGGGAAGAAGGUUGACAAGGCUUAUGCCUUGAAGCUGCUGAAGGAGCAGGCGGAUGCACUUGCUUCCAAGGGACCCAAAGGAAACAAGUUCCAGCUGGCUGCUCAGUAUUUCGCUAGCCAGGUAACUGGAGAGGAUUAUGCGGAUUUCUUGACAUCUCUUCUUUACAAUGAGAUCACGAGCGUUGGAAGUUCUUCUCCGGCUUCAAAGCUGUAG